CAUCGCGAUACCUGGUCCAUUUGCGCCGUCAUUCGCAAUCGCCUCACGACGCGACACGCCGUCUAGCAGCAUCCCUCUUCGCCUUUGGUGCUCGAAGCCACGGCCCCUUCUGUCUUCUUACUACCAACAUGCAACGCUAGACAUCCCUCCCCAAAUAUGCGAACCCCAGUCAUCAUGGCCUCCCGACGGCUCGAGGGAUUCCUGCUCUCGAAGCAGCCCCUCGAUCGUCGAUGGCAGUCGACGGCGCCUCGCAAGACGAUUGCACAGUUUCUGGACUGGAAGCCCGACGCCGAAGUCAACGACGUUGUGCUCAACGGCUACGUCAGGUCUGUUAGGAACAUGAAGACGGAACGCUUCCUCAACGUGGGCGACGGCUCUUCCCGCACUCCCAUUCAGGCGCUGGUCUCGAGGACUCACGACGAAAGCGCAAACUUGCGAGUCGGUGCUGCAGUCCGCCUACGAGGCUCGUGGGUGCCCUCCAAGACGGAAGGUCAGAGCCACGAGUUGAGAGCCCAUCAUGUCGAGAUUUUGGGUCCCUCUGACGCCAAGACUUUCCCCAUCCAAAAAAAGUACCAGACACCCGACUACCUACGCACCAUGCCUCAUCUUCGACCCCGGAUACCGCUGAACGCCGCCAUCUUGCGCCUGCGGUCGGAAGCCGUCGCCGUCUUGACUCAGUUCUUCGCCUCGCGAGACUUUGUGCAGACCCAUCCGCCGAUAAUCACUUCCUCGGACUGCGAAGGAGCAGGCGAGGUGUUCAACGUUGCCACGGGCGUGGCCGAGACAGAGGCGCCGACAGCCUUGACCGCUGCCAAGGACAAGGUACCAGAACUGUUCUUUCGUUCCCCAAAGUAUCUGACCGUGUCGACACAACUCCAUCUUGAGGCGUUGGCACAGUCUCUGGGCGAUGUCUGGACAUUGUCGCCGACUUUCCGCGCGGAACGAAGCGAUACCUCGAGACAUAUGAGCGAGUUUUAUAUGUUGGAAGCCGAGAUGAGCUUUGUCGACGACAUGGACCAAGUCAUGGACCUUGUCGAGGACAUGCUACGCAGCUUGGCCAUGGGCCUUUACAAGACUCGCGCUGCACAGGAACUGCGCCAGCGGCGAGCUCCUGGCAAUACUCGCACAGCCGAAGACGAUCUCGUGCCUAGAGAGGAAGUGGAGCGUCGAUGGUUGGGCUUGAUGCAGAGCCCGGCCUCCAAGUGGCCGCGCAUCACUUAUGCCGAAGCCAUCAAGCUACUCCAGGCUGAGGCAGGUCGAUUCGAGCUCAAGCCUACGUGGGAGGACGGCCUGCACUCGGAGCAUGAAAAGUUCCUUGCCAAAACCCUAGGUGCCACCAACGAUCCCGGCGCGUACACCCCCGUCUUUGUCACUCACUACCCGAGAGAGAUCAAAGCAUUCUACAUGCGAAGAUCGGCUUCUUCAGCCAGCGGCAUCCCCGGGACUCCCGGUGGUGAUACGGUCGACUGUUUCGACCUGCUGGUGCCUGACUUGUGUGAAAUUGCCGGCGGCUCCAUGCGCGAGCAUCGCCUGGAAGACCUUUUGGAGACAAUGAAAGCUCGUGGCAUGGGCUCUCCGGCCGCCGAUGGGCGCGGGGGCCACACCGGCAGUGAUCUGGACUGGUACGUCGACCUCCGUCGUUGGGGCUCCAAUCCACAUGGAGGCUUCGGCUUGGGCUUCGACAGACUUCUCAGCUACCUCGUCGGCGUCCCCAACGUCAGGGACGUGGUGGCAUUUCCACGCUGGUUCGGCCGGUGUGACUGUUAAUUCCAUCAGCCGAGAGAGGGCCGCGGACGAAACCACCACCGGCUGUGCCAUCCCACGGAUAUAGUCCCUCGUUAACCUUUGCCUACCUGGGAUUCUGGAAGUCGGUCUCGUUGAAACGCUUACGGACUUAAUGUUACAUGGUGAUCGGUGCACUCGUCCUACCCAAGCGGUUGAGCUCGACCCAACAGCUACUUCGUGCAUGUGCACACCUUCUGGCUCAUCUCCCAGGCGUGUUGGUUGCCUGGGACCCGUCCCUGGAGAUCGAUGUCUCAUCCUCCGGUGGCUUGCAGAUGACAGAAUUUCGACCCCACGGGAGAAUCAUGUGACGUCGUACUACGGACGGGAGGAGGCAUCCAGCGCCUCGGUCUCAUAGGCUUGGAAAUGCGAGGAAGACUACCGGCAGUCGACUGGUCGACGAUAGCCCGAGUUGGUGAGAGUCCAAGCCGGCGAGGGUCUCUCUCGAAGGGGCAGGACGGUCGUAGACGCUCUGCACAUUUAGGUCCGUCGAGGGAGAUAUGCUCCGGCAAGCAAGAUCUGUGACGGCUACGCAUCCAGACGGCUCACCCUCUCAACGUCGUCCGCGCUGGGUAAUGGGUGUAUUACGACUCUGUACUUAACAUAUGCGUCUGCGUUCGAGGGGCGUGUCACAGUGCACGACUCUGUGUAUCAACUUCAUGUAUCAACACAUAUGUACAACAUACCACCAGAUGUCUAGACAUCUCUCAUUUAUUGACUCACGACCCGAUGUCGAAGAGAGCGGUGUCGACCCUCAUGAGACAGGUGCAGUGUGCGUGUCAAUCGUUCAAGUCAUCUGGAACCGUUGACGGCGAGGGAGUGUAAGGACUUGAACGAUAUACAAAGCGGAGAAAGGUGUCUACGACGGCUCAUCGAUGCCUUGGAGCUCCGGUUUCGGUUUCGGGUUCCCACGGCGAUGAGCUGCGGCAAGAUCUUUGUGAAGGUCGGAAGAUAUUGUUUGCUCCUAUGAAACGAUGCAGUCAUCACAACUGUGGACUGCGUGGUUUAGUUUAGCUCAAGCACCGCCAAUCGUCCACCAGAGGUAACGAUGCCCCCAAAAGCAAGGAGAAUACCUGGCGAUCUCUGGCUGUCGACAUCGCGCUUCGGAGCUUCUCGGCCAUCCAGUCUAUGCAGUCUCGAUGUCUGGUUAUUCACCAGGAAAGGCUUUAAGCGUGAAUCACAGAGCCCAGGAAUUUCCCAUCCAAGGCGGUGCGAUGCGAUGGGAAAGGAAUCACGUCAUCGUAUAGGUAACAUGUAUCGAUGGCUCAGACUUGAUGUGACCCCUGAUCUCUGCUCUUGUCGAGUCUAUUGACUUUACUGACGCUGGGGACCUCGCAUGUCAUCAUGCCCAACGCUCAGAUCCGAUUACCCCUUUUACUGGGACAGGCUUACUAUCACAAGUUUCCAGAAAAGGAAGACGACCGCGUCCAGUAUGCUUUGCAGAUGUGCACUCCAUCAGCCAAGUCGCUUCAGAUAUAUACGUAUUGUACUGGCGCGAGUUGAGCAAUGCCAGGUCACCUUCAACAUGACAACAUGGCAUCGCCCAAGGAGCCAUCUGCCACAACUUUCACGCUGCAAUACAACAGUAGGUCUACGUCGCUAUUCACAAGAUGGCAAGCAACCAAGCGCCCGCCUCACCUAGUCCGCCGCAGUUUGAAAAGCGAGAGAACUCAAAAGGUCGCAGCCGCAUCAUCGCCGCCCCAACGCAAGAACAUUAAGAGCGGCAUUCACACAAACUCUGAUUGAGUGGCUUCCAGGUGCAGGUGCACAGCCGGAUGAUGAAUCAUAAACACAACACAGCACGGCACGGCACGGCACAGCCA